AUGGAUAAUUCUACGACGACCUCCAGCUACACCCACAAGAAGUUUUCCGCCAAGCGCAAGCUGGAGAUAGACCAAGGCCUGGACUCGAACACGGAUAGUCUGAUGUACCAGGGGAAGCCAGCCGCCAAGCGCCGCCAAACCAAGGCACUCUUCCGCCCCUGGCUGGACAAGAACAACGAUCAGAACACUGAGGCAUCCCCACCAACAGCCGGUCCACCAGAGUCAGCUGCUCCCGCCUUGGGCCCCACCUGCAGGCCGACACUCGCUGAGACGCCCCGCCAGCGCAGCCCCCAGGAGCACCAGCGUCGUGAUCGCAGUCUCCUGGCCAGUCUCCUCAGUCGCCGGGCCGAGCAGGCACAGGCGCAGUACCUCGAAAAUAUGGCCAAGCUGGAGCAGCAGGUUCGCGUGAAUCUCUUCUACCGUCAGCUGUUACGGCAAGCCGUUUUCCAGCGAGGAGUGGCCGCCCCGAACAACCUGCUGCCACGGCAGCAACAGCAGUUCCUCCAGCAGAUGGCUCUCUCCCAGCAAAUGCUCGUCUUUGGAGCACAGCACUGA